CACCAGAACCAAAAUGAUCAAUGCCUUGAAACAGUACCGAUUGAUCGCUGUCACAGAUUAACACAGAACUUGUACACCUAGUUAGAAAGCUUAUCGAGAUUUUGUUAGUGUAUCAGUUAUUUUCCUCUUAGUUUUUAAUCUCAUUGUUAACUUUCAUCAAUCUCGUCAGCUGGCUUGUCGUUUGCUUCUGGUCUGACGCACGCUUCACGCCCCUGCUCUCGUUGUUGCACGAGACAUCCGAUUUUUAUCUCGGCUUCUGCUCGAGAUCAGCAAUCAGCCGCUCAGUGACAAAGGUACUUCUGGUGACAUUUGCCGCCAGGGAGACCCCAGCGUCGCUAAAGCGUUGGUAACCUACAAAGGACGAGGGUUUUUGCAGGCAGGACGCGACCGGUGCGAGGACGCGAUGGAUGUCCCAAGGUUAUGACUGACAAUUCGGUAUUGAUUUCUGUUCUUACAUGUAUAUAUCAGUGAUGUUAGAUCAAAGAGAAAUUACUUUCAGGAAGAUUAAUUAUGUAAAAGUGUUAAUCCUCUCAUAUGGAAACAAACGCUUUGCUGAGUAAGUGUUCCGAUGCUUCCCAAGUUUAUUGUUUGCAGAAGUGAAAUCCAACCAAAUAUAUGUUGACACAGCGAAAAUUCUAAUCAAAUCAAAGACCAGGGGAAUUUAAACAAACAGAAUGCUGUAGUUGCAUACAUCUCGAGUGAGAUGCUAGUUUUCAUGAAAAUGACAGGUGGAGAGUGUGUAGGAUUAACACUUGUAGUUUGAUUAGAAUAAAACAGUUGUGCAAUAUGUCCGUUAAUGAAAGCUCAACAAAACCAAUUGAAAGCUUGAUUCAACUUUUAUACAACGCGUGUGGCAUUGUCAAUGGGAGUAACAACAUUCAAAUCACCAUAGAGAAUGGCAGUGUCAUACAUAACUGUACCAGGACUGCCGAGGAAGGGCCGCCGGGAGCGGAUCACGGGGCUGUCAUGUACAUAGUGGCGGUCCUAGUCUUCUACUCGGCUGGAAUCGUCAUCAUGCUGAUCAAAUACUCAAGAUCAGAACGAAAGAGAAUGGAGGAGGAAGUGGCCUUAGAUUUCUAUUUCAAAGGGAUGCCAUUCGGUAAAAGUACGAAAGAACAUAAUGUGAAUAGUGUUGCAAUCAGAGCUUUCCACACGAUGACUAUGUCUGCAUAUGAACCAAGCAAAAAUCACAUCAUUCCAAAGGCUCUUCUGGAGACGGACGUCUGACACGUGCUCUUUGCCGCCAAAAGUGUGGACUAAUCACCGACAGAGGGCGAUGUUGACAAAGUAAGGUUUCCAUGUUUGCAGGGGGCAGCUGUGUUUAACCGUUGCAGAGCUAAAGUGGAGGACUGUUUAACUAUUAAUUAAUAAAUGCCGUCGAUACGGAUUGCAGAAAAGUUUGGAAAAGGAAAUUAAAAAUCUGUCACUGGAUAUACGGAAUAUUUCAAUGGCGUAGAAAAAGGAAAGAAAUCAGAUUCAAUCAAACUUUAUGCAAUUAAAAGAAAACUCUAACAGAGAAUUAUUUGCAAAAGUUAUCACUGCAUUUCACAUACGAGAAGCGUUCAGUGUGGUUAUUGAUUUCAGUGAUUUCAAUGUUUUCUGUUUGUUUUCUGUGUUUUGUACUCAUCAGUGGGUGUUUUUUGUAAUUCUCAUAAUGUUGGCGAAGAAGAUUAUGGAGACAAAAGCUUAAAUGUGAUAAUUGAAAUGAAAUAUAGACUUUAUUAAAUCGCUUAACAUUCCGAUCGUUUGCAAAAUUUUCAUGGAAAAACAUUUAUUCUUAUAUGUGUUUUGCUAAAAUUCAUCUUCAUAUUAGUAGACUUUAUCCAUUUGUCGUAUAUUUUUAAAAACGAAUAUUUAAUGUUAUUCUGUGCGCACA